ACGAUUUUAUUCCGGCCGGCUGUGGAAUUUGAUUGAGGAAGUCGGAGGACGCCUAAAACUUUUAUUUUUCAAAAUAUAGUUUGAUAUUUCCCCUUCCUCCGCUCAAGGGAGGAGGGGUUUUUUUUUCUUCUUGAAGUGGGCUUUGGUGUGUGGCCUCUCAGUUAGGUCCCCUUUCAGCUUCCUUGGCCCCUUCUCUCUUCUCCCCCUGUCAGCUCCGCCCAUCAUGGCGGCCACAACCAACCUGCAGAAAGCAAUAGACCUCGCUAGCAAGGCAGCACAAGAAGAUAAAGCAGGGAACUUUGAGGAAGCCCUUCGUCUGUAUCAACACGCUGUCCAGUAUUUCCUCCAUGUUGUCAAAUAUGAAGCACAGGGUGAUAAAGCAAAACAAAGCAUAAGAGCAAAAUGUACAGAGUAUCUGGACAGAGCAGAAAAGCUGAAGGAAUAUCUGAAAAAAAGAGAAAAGGCUCCCCUCAAACCAGUGAAAGAAUCUGGUCCAGCUGACGAAAAAGGGAAUGAUAGUGAUGGAGAAGGAGAAACAGAUGAUCCUGAGAAAAAGAAGUUGCAAAAUCAACUGCAAGGUGCCAUAGUCAUGGAGAGACCAAAUGUGAAGUGGAAUGAUGUUGCUGGCUUAGAAGGAGCCAAAGAAGCUCUUAAAGAAGCAGUAAUAUUGCCUAUUAAGUUUCCUCAUCUUUUCACAGGAAAGAGAACCCCUUGGAGAGGGAUCCUUCUCUUUGGACCUCCAGGAACAGGGAAAUCCUACUUAGCAAAAGCUGUUGCAACAGAAGCUAACAAUUCUACAUUCUUCUCUGUAUCUUCUUCUGACCUUGUCUCAAAAUGGUUGGGAGAGAGUGAAAAGCUAGUGAAGAAUUUAUUCCAGCUCGCUAGAGAAAACAAGCCUUCAAUUAUCUUUAUUGAUGAAAUAGAUUCUCUCUGUGGUUCCCGAAGUGAAAAUGAAAGUGAGGCAGCUCGUCGGAUUAAGACCGAGUUUCUUGUUCAGAUGCAAGGAGUUGGAACAGACAAUGAAGGAAUUUUGGUUCUGGGGGCUACAAACAUACCUUGGGUUCUAGAUUCUGCCAUCAGAAGAAGGUUUGAGAAGCGUAUUUACAUUCCCUUACCUGAGGAUCAUGCAAGAGCUGCAAUGUUUAAGCUCCACCUUGGGACCACACAGAACACCUUAACUGAAUCAGAUUAUCGAGAGCUUGGAAAAAGAACAGAUGGCUACUCAGGUGCUGAUAUCAGCAUAAUAGUACGAGAUGCCCUCAUGCAGCCUGUCAGGAAAGUUCAGUCAGCCACACACUUUAAAAAAGUGAAAGGACCAUCACUAUCUGAUCCAAAUGUUCUAGUAGACCUGUUCACUCCAUGUUCUCCAGGAGAAUCCGGUGCCAUUGAAAUGACAUGGAUGGAUGUGCCAGGAGAUAAACUACUGGAGCCUGUUGUUUCCAUGGCUGAUAUGCUGAGGUCAUUAGCUAACACAAAACCCACUGUGAAUGAACAUGACCUGGAAAAACUAAAGAAGUUCACAGAAGACUUUGGACAGGAAGGCUAAUCAAGUGACUGUUGCAAUGCUAAAUCUUCUUUUGGUAUUCCUGCCUCUCUAUUAUCAAUAAAAGAAUUGCUCUUUCCUUUAUUUCAAUACGAACUGAAGAGCCAUUUGCAAGGACCCUUGGGCUUUUGUAUAUCACUUUCCAGAAAUAUCUAUCUACUCUGAGAGCAUACUAGGAUCUUGGUGGCAAAGAAGAAAGGAAAACGUGAUGGCUUCAUUUUUAAAAUUGGCAGACCAUUCAGGUAUAAAGCCAGUUUUUUGAGUUUCAAUUUUAGGUGAUAUAUACUAGUUCUAGUUUAUAAAUAUUUAUAAACUCCUAGAGGCCUAAAAGAAAAUAAUAUAAAAGGGGAGCAGAAGAUCUGUUUGAUUGCCAAGUGCUUCAGGGUCAGUUUCUUUGCAAAAUAAUCUUCCUUCUGAACUUGCCAAUCUGAAUUUGAUAUUUGUGGCCAAAUGGGAGUUAAAAAUAAAGAAAAGUUGGAUUGGGAAGUAGAAAAGAAGACAUUGCAGUUAAAUAUAGACCAGUACUUACUGAGUACAAUAUCCAACUGGUAUUUUGUUUUCUGCUGUGUGCUAUUUAGACAUUGCCUUAAAAGCAAAAAGCAUUGUUUUAAUAAUCACCUAUAGACACUGUCACUGUGCAAUCAACCAGAGAAUAGACUAAAAAUGUAAAUAUUGUGGAAGAAGAUUCCCUCAUUCUAGUUUUCCUCCAGCUUUUUUCUUUGUAAGAGUUCAAACAAAAUAUAGAAUAUAUUCUGUUUGAUAAGAAUCCCUAAGCAAGCCUGUAAACAGGAUUUUAGCCAGCUAUUUGUUCAUGGGAAGGGAAACUAUCCUGGACUUCACCUUCUUUUCAAAGAAACAAUGGGAUCAACUACAGAUGGGCCUACUAAACAUCUCCAAGGUGCUAUAAGAUCAAAAUAGAAAUAUUUAGCUUGUUAUUAUAAUAGCUAAAUAUGUUAGAGAUUGGUUGCCAUUCCUUUAAACACAGUAUAAGGGAACACUCGUGUUUUUUAAAGGUUAUUUGCUAAGAACUAUACCUCUUAGAAAUGUGCCUGAGUGCAACUUAACCCUACUGGAGCCCGGUUCCAAUGUUGUGCUGAACCUAUGACUGAACUUAUGGCUACAGCAAGUCUUGCAUUAGUGUGGUUCUUCUUUGGCAUAGCUACGAAGAAGAGUUUGGAACAUUCUACUUCAAGUUCUGACUAACUGCAGUUUAUAGUAUCUUUUAGCUGUGUCACAUACUUGUCAAUAAGUGUGGUUUGUUUGACACAAUCCAGCCUCAGUUCAUUGGUUAUGAAGUUGGCUUCUUUAAGCAAGCCAUGGUUGAUGAUAAUCAGAGUUCCAUGCUUGGCUAUCCACUAGACUGCAGUUAAUGGAAAUAAGUGGAAGCUUCCAAACUCUCAGCUAUAACAGGGAAGUGUGCAAGCCCAGGUCUUGCUGCAGCUUUUCAUGUCACAAUAAACUAUGGCUUAGUGUAAUGAAACAAAGCCAGUGGCAGCACUGAGUUUGUGCCUUGUAGGUUUGCUCUGGGUGUAGAAAAGCAAUCACUCUAUUACCAAUGCGAUACAUUGCAUUACUGUUAUAGAAUUGGACAUUAUAGAUACUUUGUGUGUUGAAAAUUUCCAUGUGAAGUACUGUAUAGUCACCUCAGGCUUUGAUUUUAUGUACAUAGUUUGUGUACUUUCUAAAAUCAUAGAACUGAUUGAAAUUUAUUCCCAAAUGAAGUAAAACACUACAAUACUGGUGUAUGCUCCUAGAGUUUUUUUUCUCUUUGGUCAUCAAGUAUCAUUUAUGUUGUCAAAAUAACUUUAAUAAAAUCUUUUCACAUGUGGAAUAUUCUGUAGCAAGUGGAAAUUCAAAUGGCAUUUUGAGAGCUGGCAAAAGAGGGUUAUUUUACUUUUGAAGACAUAUCCUUGCAACUGCAUUUUACCACUGCAGUUUUUCAUUUAUGCCACAUGCAUUUUUAAAGAACACUAAGAACUCUUUGCUGUCCUCUUUCUGUGUUGUGUUCACUCAGAAUUUAUCCACCCAAUUUGCUACAGCUUGCUUUUGAUACAUGCUGCACUAUGCUGGCUUUCUAAAAUGUACAUCCUUGAAAAGAGUGAUGGAUUAAUACUUGAUUGCAACAUGUUGAGUUUCGCCUUACAUGACUGUUGUGAUGUGUACACUCUGAAACAAUUGGCACUUAUAUCAUGGGGACUGUAGGUCACCAAUCAAAGUUCUUGUGUAACAACUUAAAAUCCAAAAUAAAAUAAAACUGGUGUUCUAA